AUGUCUGAAGGGUAUGAUAUGCUAAUGAAUGUCAAUGCCAAGAAGCUUGAAUGGAAAUUUCAGGUGUAUGUUGUUCGUAUAUGGAAAAAUCCAAACAGGUACAACCAAAAGGAAGUUAAUAGCAUAGAGAUGGUACUUCAAGAUAUGAAGGGAGAAAGGAUCCAAGCGUCAAUCAAUAAAGGUUUAUUCAAGAAGUGGAGGGGUUUUUUUGAGGAGUUUAAAAUGUACAUUAUGAGUAACUUCAUAGUUGUGGACAAGAUGGAGAAGAUUAAAACAACAAGAAAUAGGUGGACUUUGAACUUUUCCCACAGAACAGUUGUGGUUCGUGUGGAAAAUCCAAAUAGUAACCAUCCUUUCCAGUAUCUUUCAUAUUGUGACUUAUUUGGUAUCAUUCAUUGUUCGUUACACAUAAUCGGGGAGGUUGUUGGGAAGGAGGACCCAAGGGAUAUAAUCACAAGUAAAGGAAAGGAAACAAAACGUAUGGUGGUUGUGAUAGCAGACCUAGAUAACAACAAUCUUGAUUGUGUGUUAUUUGGUGACAUGGUCGAUCAAAUAGUUCCCCAUCUUGAAGAUGGCAGGGUUGAACCACUAAUAGUGGUGUUGCAGUUCUUUAAACCCAGCCGAUGGAAUGAAAAGGUAUCGGUUCAGAGCCACUUUGAUGUCUCUAAAAUACAUGUUAAUCCUGACAUGAAGGAAGUACAUGAUUUUCGGAAAAGCUUGCUUGACAGUGUAACCUCUAAUUCGGUCAGGAUUAGUCAGGUAUCCGGUCAUGGUGUGCAAUCUGGUGCUGCAGAACUGAAAAGAGGAGGUGUCGUAGUGAAAUCAAUAGAGGACGCACUCAAUUCAACAGAGGAAGGUCCUAUAUGGAUUGGCGAAACCAUUGUCUCUAUCAAUGCUGGCAACAACGAUUGGUUUUACAAAUCAUGUAGGAAGUGUCCAAAGAAAGUAGAAACUCCAAUUGGAAAUCGAUAUGAAUGUUCCAAAUGUGGUCACACACAUGGCAGUGCAUCCCUUAGGUACAAGAUUGAAGUUAUGGCCUAUGAUGGAACAGGAAGUAUAACUAUGCUAAUGUGGGAUAGAGAAACAACACAGCUUAUAGGGAGACAAGCUGAACAAAUCAAGGAUGAAGAUUGUUUGGAAGGGGAAGGUUACCCCCCAACUCUUGAUAACAUGAUGGAUAAAAAAUUACUCUUUAAAAUUAAUGUAAAAACAGCCAACAUCAACAAGCAUGACCAGGUUUACACUAUCAUGAAGAUAUGUGACGAUGAAGACAUUGUAGAAAAAAAUUGCCCUAUGGAAUUCAUCAGCAAUCCUUCUGACGUGUUAACUGUAUGUAUCUUCUAUAUCUAUUGCUGUAUAAAUAUAAACUAA